AUGGGCAAUGUUCAUUACGAAAUCUCUCAUUCGAUGAGAGACUUCGUAAUGAGCAUUGCCUUAAAGUACUCUUACUACUCUUUCCUAGUUCC